AUGGCCCCCUCUGCCAUCGUGACCAUGCCCGACUCUGGCACAGACAGCCUGGCCGUCAGGGGCAUCAACAAGCCCACUGCCAAGGCUGGCAUUGAUUCCAAGGCCAUCGACGGUAUGAUGGGCCAGUGGGACUCGUUUACCUUCUCGCCGAUCCGCGAGAGUCAGGUGUCCCGUGCCAUGACCAGCCGGUACUUCUCGGACCUUGACACGUAUGCCGAGUCUGACAUUGUCAUCAUCGGCGCGGGCUCCUGCGGCUUGUCGGCCGCCUACACGCUCGGAAAGAUGCGCCCUGACCUCAAGAUCGCAAUCAUCGAAGCCGGCGUUGCGCCCGGUGGGGGUGCCUGGCUGGGUGGCCAGCUCUUCUCGGCAAUGGUCAUGCGUAAGCCGGCCGAUGCCUUCCUCACUGAGAUCGGCGUCCCCUUUGAGGACGAAGGCAACUUUGUCGUCGUCAAGCACGCUGCCCUGUUCACCUCCACGGUCCUGUCCAAAGUGCUGGAGUUUCCCAACAUCAAGCUCUUCAACGCCACCACCGUCGAGGAUCUCAUCACUCGUCGUGACGUUGCUGGAUCUGCCGAUGUGCGCAUCGCAGGUGUGGUCACCAACUGGACCCUGGUGUCGAUGCACCACGACGACCAGUCCUGCAUGGACCCCAACACCAUCAACGCGCCGCUCAUAAUCAGCACCACUGGACACGACGGCCCCUUCGGCGCCUUCUCUGUCAAGCGACUGGUCAGCAUGAAGCAGCUUGAGCAACUCGGGGGCAUGCGUGGCCUUGACAUGCAGACGGCGGAGGAUGCAAUCGUCAAAGGCACCAGGGAGAUCGUCCCUGGACUUAUCGUGGGAGGGAUGGAGCUCUCUGAAGUUGACGGUGCUAACCGCAUGGGACCUACGUUUGGCGCCAUGGCCCUCAGUGGUGUCAAGGCGGCCGAAGAAGCACUCAAGGUCUUCGAGCUGAGGAAGGCUGAGAGCGCGAAGUAA